AAACCACACCUUACUAUAUAAAUAUUCCCCCUUGCAAAAGGUCUUCCUUCAACACUCAAAAAUUUCUUCUAUACUUGCCAAAAAAAAAUGGAGGGGUUGAUACCUUUUGUUUACAAAGCAAUAGUUGAGUACAAAAAUGGAAGGGAAACAUGGAUGUCUGAAUCGCCUUCGGCUUCUUACAUGAAACUUUCAGGUGAUUCGGGACGUUAUGAAAUGUCUGAUUUACAAAUUUUUGGACAUGUUGAUUCUAUGUUUUCGACAACUUCAUCAUCGUCACCUUCUGCGAGUACUGUUACCAAAAGAAUGGUGUCAGGUGGAGUUCAGUCACCCGUGGCUAGCUUCCAACGGAUUUCUUCUCGUGCUGUGAAGUGAUCGAUGAUCUUCAGGUUGAAGUUGAAAAGGAAUAACUUUUGCUAAAGGAAAACUAAUAGCAAUGGGACGUCAGACUUGUUUGGGUUUAAGGUGUAAUUGUGUUAACUUCUCACGUGUGACAAGCUUUUUCUUUUUCUUUCGUUUGAUGGUUUUUAGUUUGGUGUAAGUUUGAGGAUUAACCAAAGGGGACUUCAGACUUUUACUUACUGUGAUGGUUUCUUGUUUGAGGAUAACCAAAGGGAACUCAGACUUUUGCUUUUCUAUUAUUUGUAAAAAUUUCAAGGUGUAUAUAUUGGUUUGGUCACGUUAUUUGGUUCA